AUGAAAUUAGACAACGAUUUUUUGAAAAUCCAAACUUAUGCUAGUCAGCUUUUUGAAUCUCUCCCAGUUAUAAAAGAGUUUAAGAAUGACAAAGAUCUUAUCACCUAGCUACAAUACUCUUGUGUAUGUUAUGGUAGAAAAUUAGUUUCUCUAUUUGAUAAAUACACAAUACUCUAAAAGAAAUAGCAAGAAGGUUCUAACUAAUUGCUCAUAAAUUUGGCAUCUCUAUUGAAUGUUACACCUAAUGAGCAAACAAUCAUGGGCACAAUUAAAUAGCAAAUCAAAGCCAAUGAGCAAUUGCAAUCCAAAGUUGAGUAUCUGAAACAAUCCUAAUAAGAUGUUGUCUAUUAGAAAAUGUUGCAGCACGAACAAAAGCUAACGCAAGAGUUAUAAGAAGUAGCAGAUCGUCUAAUAAAAGAAUUAAAGUAAUCAAAAGAUGACAAAUAAAUCUUGUUGGAUGAGUUGCAAAUCAAAGAGGAUUAAUUGAAGCAAUAUCAAUAGCAGUUGCAGUAAUCAUCCCUCUUAAGGUCUCCCACGAAAUAAUAAUACAAUAGUGCUCAAAAAUAUUCAAGUGCCACUAAGUAUUCCAGUUCAAGCAAACAGCCUCGCUUUCAAUAGCAACUGAUCAAUACACUCUAAGCAUUGUCCCAGUAAACGAAAACCUUCCUCUCGCAAUAUGUAAAUUAAUAGGAAUCAGCAUAUGAUUAUGAUCAAUUGGUGACUGAUGAUGCCUAAAUGUUAUCCAUGAAUGUCUCAAACAUAGUCCGUGAUUUGACUCACAUCAUUUAACAUAAAGAAGAGAUCGUUGAAAACCUAAUCAAAGGACUUGAAAUACAGCUUGAAUAAGUCAGAUUGGAAUAGCAAUAGAGCGAGUUUCAAUAAACAGAUAAUAAACAAUUGCAAUACCAAUUACAACAAUUAUAGGCUAUUGUGAAAAAGGCGAAGGACACUCGAGUCAAAGAGUUGGACAGAGCAUUUAAUUCUGAAAUACCUGUAUUUAUCGUUCCUGAUGAUUUGAUGGAUUCCGAGUUGCAAUUAACAAUUGAGAGACACAAUUCAAAAGUGUAACAAAGAUUGAACGAUUUGGCAGUCUAAUUGAAAAAGAAAUCAACACAAUUUGAAUAAAUAUCAUCAUAGACUACUAAGAUUAAAAUUAUUCUGGAAGAGGGUUUAAAUAGAUUGGCAAUCAUAUUGAAUGAGCUUUAGAAUAUGGCUGAUUCAAAUGAGGCCUUAAAAUUGCUUAAAUUCUGCAAAAAUGAGAUCGAUUCAAUACAUGUAAAUCUGAAUGGUAUUGAUAUUGAGCAAUAAAUAUCUAUUGAGAUAAAGCAAUAAAGACAAAAUUGGUUGUAAUAGUUGGAUUAAUUGAAGAAGUUUUAUUCAGACCAAACUGAAAAGUUAAUCUAAGAGAAUGAGCAACUCAACGAGCAAUUGGCUAAGUUAUAGCAAUUAACGCAAGGAUUGCAUAAUGACAAUGAGUAAUUGAUGCGUAAAUUAAAAUUAGCCUAAUAAGAAGAAAUGCAAUCGAAGGAGGACAAAGAUAAUUUAAUUUAGGAAUUAGAAUUGACGAUUUCUUAAUAAGAAUAGAAUAUCAAAUUAUAUGAGUAAUAAGAAAAGAAACAAAGAUAAACCAUGGAAUAGAUUGAGAAGGAAUUGGAGAACAAGAAAAGAGAAUAUUUGAAUUUAUAGUAAUCUAAGCAAUUGGAACAAUAGGACAUAAUAGAGAAAUUAACUGAUAAGAAUUAAGUGUUGGAAUUUGAGAAUAAAACGUAUAAAUAAUAAUUGGAUGUAAUUGAAAAGGAUUUUUAGAAACUCAAAUCUUAACGUCAGACCUAGGAUUAAUUGGCUGAAUAAGAUAAGUAGACAUUGAAAAAGUAAUUGGAUGAAAAGAAAAAACAAUUGUUGCAAUUGUAAACUGAGAACAAGAAAUAACACGAGGAGGCUGUUGCUUAAAUAGAGGAGUUAUAAGACGAAUUGGCACACAUAUCAAGUCAACUAUAGUUAAGAGAGACUGAGAUUAAGCAAUUGCAUAAGAAGUUGAGUGAAUUGGAGGAUUUUUCGAGAAAGUAGAUUGAUGUAAUCAGAACUUAUGAGGACAAGUUAACUGAGGCUCAUCAGGUAAAAAAGCAAUUGGAGAAUAACAAUGAGGGAAGCGAUCAAAUGUUGUCUCAGUUAUAGCAUAGGUAUCAACAAUUAUAACAACAAUCUAAUUAGUUGAAGCAUGAAAAUGAUAAGUUGUUGAAUGAUUUGAGUUUAUUGUAGAAGUAAUACACGAAGCAAAAAGAAACUAUGGAGUAGGACUUUAAGGAUAAAAUGAAUAAAUAAUCAGAGAUAAACAAAAUAUUAAAGGAGGAGGCUAGAAAUUUGAAAGCUUAGUUGGAAUUAAAGAUUAAUUAACUAAGACAAGUAGAAUAGGAUUUGCAGGAUAAAAAUAAUGAUUUGGACAAGGCAUAGAAAAUAUGCAAGCAAUUGAAUCUGCAAGUAAAUGACUUCAGACAGAAAAUUGAAUAUUUUGAGGAUUUCAAAUAAGAAAAUUUAGAGACUUCAGAAUAGUAUGCAAAGUAAAUACAAUAGAUGUAGAAUGAAAACUUUUAGUAUAGGAGGGAGUUGGAGAAAUAAUAAUAGCAGAAUUCUUAGCGUUAGAAGACGAAUAAUAUAUAGGAUCAAUAAUUGAAGGAGGAGAUCAAUAAUCUGAAAUAGGAAGUCAGAAAGAUGGAACAAUUGUUAAAUCAGGAAAGAAUGAAUUACGAAUAGGAAAUUAGAAAUUACUAGAAUUAGAUAGGCGAAUACACAAAAUUGGAUUUAUCGAUGAGAUAAAAGUCUGGGUAAUCUGGGGGAAGUGCCUUCUAUGAGAACCUGAUAGAGGCAAAAGAUUUAGAGAUCGCCAGACUGACAAACAUCGUAAAAUCUUUGACAGACUUAAGAAAAUGA